UAUCACCAUAUAUUUAUAUAUACAGAGUCAGGUGAAGGCGGUGGUCUGGCGAGCGCGACCUCCGCCUGGUUGUGGGCGAGCGCUGGCGGCGCAUGCGCAGUACUAGCGCUCGCUGCUGCGCUUGCGCUGUCGCUGUGCUGCCGACGAUCACAACCGCCGCUAUCACCAGAUACUAGUACCUACCAAAAAUCAUCGGCCUCAGCGGGAAUCAAACCCCCGGACCUGUGGAUACAUCACGACCAGAUGGAGUUGAAGCACAUGGAUAAGAGUCUCCACAGCUCCGCUAGUAAGAUGUCCGGAGGCAGUGCGGAGGGGGCGCUGAUGUCGUCGACGCUGACGCUGGGGCGCGCGGCGGGCGCGGAGUACGAGCCCGCGCGACACCCGCCGCCGCCCGCCUCGCUCGACCGCCGCCAUCACGUGCCCACAUAUGUCGACUCGCGGUCCGCGUCCGCGGCCGGCAGCGACGACACGGCCGUGUUGCGCGCCUCGCCCGCCGACCUCUGCCGCCGCUGCGACCGAUGCGAUGCGUGCGACUAUAUGCCUAAACGUGAGCACAUUAGAGAUCAUUAUCGCUUACGCUUUGAGCUGUCACUUGUGACAAUUUAA